AUGCCCGGCGCCCGGAUCGCAGCCCACCUGGACGCUCUGGGCCCCCUGGUCUCGCACGUGCAGCCCCCGCUGCCGUCCUCUAUGUUCUACGUGGGCCUGUUCUUUGUCAACGUGCUGAUCCUCUACUACGCCUUCCUCAUGGAAUACAUCGUCCUCAACGUGGGCCUCGUCUUCCUGCCCGAGGACCUGGACCAGGCGCUCGUGGACCUCGGCGUGCUCUCCGACCCCGGCUCCGGCCUCUACGAGGCCGACUCGGAACUCGACGUCUUGGACGGGUACUUGGAGUAAGGGUCUUGACUGCUAUCCACCUUCUCGUGCCCUCCACGACCUGCUACCCUCAGCCUGGACCUGCUGGCCUCAUUAUGCCGCUGCUUUUGGUUGGGGGCACCCUCUGGACUCGGAUGGGACCCCAGGAGGAGGCCCUCCAAGGCCUGCUUCCCCGGAAGCUUUGUGCCAACCCAGCAGCUCCUAUCCUGAACCAGGAGGGGGAUGGAGAGUUGGGACCACGUGCCAAGGCGAGGAAGGCCAUGGGCAUCCGCAGACUGCACCCUGCACCGGGCUCGUGACUUCCUGCUGGUGUGAUGUUUACAGGAACGCAGCCAGUUUGCCUGUUCUGCAUUUCAGCCCCUCGCCCGUGUCCCCCAUGGGAGCAGACACCUCCUACUGCAGCCCCAGU